AUGAAGUUCAACACUCUUCUAUCUUUCCUACCCAUCGUUGCUGCGUCGUGCGGAGCAGCGCCGCCAGCUCCUCAGUACACCAACAACACAGACAUUAGCGUCCCAGAACAAUGCUGCUGCUUGACUUAUAAAGCAGCAUGCACCAUGAACAUGGAGCGCAUGUUCCACGUCAAACUGUUCUACAACCGCAAGGAAGGCAUUACGCCUGAGCAAUUCAACGAUUACUGGGCGAACAAGCACACAGAACUUGUCACACCCUUUCAUCUUCGCAUUGGCGUCGUGAAAUACUCGCAGUACCACUCUACCCCCGAGUUCCGCGACUUAGCACGAGCCGAAGGUGCACCACCGAUUCUGGAAUUCGAUGGCGCUGCGGAGUUUUGGAUGCACGAUAUACAGACCUUGGCGAAGAUGCAAAGCGAUCCUUUUUACAUUGAGAAGAUUCGCCCCGACGAGGAGCAGUUUAUUGACGGGAAGUCUUUGAAGCUGAUUGUGGGUGUGGAUUAUAUUGUAGUUGAGAACCAGAACGCGGUGAUGGAGCAUGGUCGGUCGUUCUAGUCGGAAUUGUAUGGUUUGGAGAUCGGCAUAUCAGUCUUUCUAGAUAGACAGUCCGUGUUGUUGUUUUUGCUAUGCUCAGUUACUCAGCCUUUUUUGUUUAAUGUUCCUGUCGUACUUUUUCAGGGCAUACUUUUGGAUAAAAAGUCGAGGUAAUCAUCCAUAUACACGCUGAUCUAAGUGAUUUCCUCUCCCAGGUGGCGAGAUGGAAGCUGCCUCACAUGGUGAUUUGGCGUGACGUUUGCUACUUUGGGCAUAAUCCCGCGUCCAUAUGCUGUCUUUUGGUUCUAGCCUUGCAGAAGUCUGAAUCAAGCACGCCUUUUAUUCCAUUUCUCACUCCAAGUGUUUGUAUCGCAUCCAGUAUCAACGUCGAGAACGAGAGCAUGGACUCCCGCAUAUACCUACCAUCUCCCGAAUAGAGCCAACUGGACUGACAACCUUCUAGAUUGUCCCCGCGUGAGAAAGUCUCACUGAUAAAUCGCAAGAAGACAUCCAAGACACGACCGGAUAAUAGAAUACAAAGUAGAAGGGAGAUUUUCAAGCAUAUUUCCCAUUGAAGUAAAACUAGCUCAAUUGUAUAUUCCCCCGCGGCCCAACCCCCAGUAUCUAAGGUUGCC